CAUUAUCACACUACUUUAUGUAUACGACUCGAACUCGAAACUAGAUAUAAGCUUUUAUUCAAUUGUGUCGCCAACUUACACAGAUUGGCAAAUAUCCAAAUUUCGGUAAAACAAAAAACAAUCAUGCACACGACUACAACAACUACAGUGUAAUGCUCCUUGUUGUAUGUGCACAGUUGUGAGUGGCAAAAUAAAUCAAUUCGUCAAUCAUUAAAUUAUUUCUAGCAGCAAGAUGAUGAUAUAUGUAAGACGCGAUAAAUUACAAGAGGAUGGAAAAUGUCGUCUUUUGUUUCACCCAAGAUGAGACUAUACAUAAUCCUUAGACAAAACUGUAAUUCGUCUGUCCAAGUUUUUGGACAAGUCCCAAUAGUAACAUGAGAAAUGUAAGGAAUCUGAUUUUUUUGUAAAAAUUCAGAUAAGACCCUGAUCACAACGUAAGACAACAAACAUUCCGGGAUUCCGGUUACUGCUCCCAUUAUAUGUACUUACUUGUUAGUUGCAUAUUGUAUACAUAUCUUCGUGUAUAUGUGGUAGUUUUCUUGGCAUGACACAAACUGAGACAAUUUCCUCUUGCUUAUAUUGAGUGAGGACAUUUCUUUCAGACAAACAAGCCAAAACAAAAAAAAAUAAUGGUAAAAUGUCCAAAAUUACGAGAGGGGAAGGAAGUGAAAGAACAACUAACCUACAUUCAAUAUUUGAUCUCAUGACUUAAUUGUUCCUUAAUAUUUUCUUUCUUUCUUUUUACAAAGAAAGAAGCGUUUAUUCAAAUUAAGAAAUUAUCAAUUAUUUCUUUAUCUGAUACCAACCGGAAUUUAUAUUAAAAAAUACGUGCAAGUAGAGUAGACAAGUUGAGUGUAAGACCACACACGCAUAACAGUGACACAAUUGUGACACAAUUUUCGCAACCCGUGCUGAUGAUCCUACAUAAAACUCCUACAUAAAACAGCAAAUGCAGCUUAUGCCCAUGUCCAAUCGGAACUCGAUGGAUUCGACCCGAUCAUCAAUGCCUCCCGCACCAGUCGCCCCACACCCGUUCUCACUUCCCGUCGUGGGCACAGGUUAUCAAAUCCCUGGCCCACCACCUGCACCAGCACGCCACAUGUCCACGGAUGAAGAGCGAAAGAAACUGUGGCACGCUGAGGAAAAUUCACCAUCGAGAUUCAUCGAAUAUGUCGCAAUCUUUCUAUCGUGGAUACUUACAAUACUAUUUUUCCCAUUUGUGGUCUGUACAUGCUACAAAGUUGUUCGAGAGUACGAAAGAGCAGUAAUUUUCAGAAUGGGUCGUCUACGCGAAGGAGCAGCAAAGGGACCGGGAACACUAUUUACUUUACCGUGUGUCGAUUCUUGCUACGUUCUGGACCUCAGGACGGUCACCUUUGACGUACCACCUCAAGAAAUACUCACCCAUGAUGCUGUGACCGUGGCUGUUGAUGCAGUUGUCUACUACCGAGUGUACAAUCCCACAGUGGCCGUUGCGAACGUGGAGGACUAUAACAGAUCAACUCGUCUCCUGGCGUCUACCACACUGCGGAACGUCCUGGGCACCAAAGCGCUUGCAGAAAUUUUAUCGGACAGGGAAAGUAUUGCUCAUACCAUGCAGACCUCACUGGACUUUGCAACAGAUCCGUGGGGAGUCAAAGUUGAGCGUGUCGAAAUAAAAGAUGUCAGAUUACCACAAUCCUUACAGCGAACUAUGGCUGCUGAAGCAGAGGCUACGCGUGAAGCAAAAGCCAAAGUGAUCGCAGCAGAGGGCGAAAAGAAAGCAUCAGAAGCGCUGAGAGACGCGUCUACCGUUCUCUCUCAAAGUCCUGGAGCCCUUCAACUACGAUAUCUUCAAACCCUCAACUCGAUUGCUGCUGAAAAAAAUUCUACGAUUAUAUUUCCACUCCCUCUCGAAUUAAUGAGAGCAUUUUAUGAUGGCUUGUAGACAUUGUGUUUUUGUUUGGUUGAUGUGCUUGACGUAAAUUGUGGAAUUAUUGGAAUAAAUAAGUUUGGGUGGAUUAUUAUA